AUGAACGGCCACUUCGCCGGCACAGGCAAGGAUGUCACCGCCGAGGACUUCGAACAUGGCGUGCAAAUCAUUGACCAGGACAAGAACUUCAAUGACAACCUGGGUGCUUACCUGCAGUUGGAGGGCAUUACGAGGGCGGGCUUCAACUAUCACCUAAUAAGCGUGUUUGGAAGUCAAAGUACGGGUAAGAGUACGUUGUUGAACUAUUUGUUUGGGACACACUUUGGGGUCAUGAGCGAGCAGGAGCGCAGACAGACCACCAAAGGCAUCUGGAUGAGCAAGAACAAGAAGGAAGGGGCGAAGGAGGAGGGACGGAUGGCCGAGAACAUCCUUGUCAUGGAUGUGGAAGGUACGGAUGGUAGGGAAAGAGGCGAGGACCAGGACUUUGAGCGCAAGAGUGCGUUGUUUGCGCUGGCGACGAGCGAGGUGCUGAUUGUCAAUAUCUGGGAGCAUCAGGUUGGCUUGUACCAGGGAGCGAACAUGGGCUUGCUGAAGACGGUGUUUGAGGUCAAUUUGCAGCUGUUCUUGAAAGAUGCCAAAAGCGUGCCGAGGAGUCUGCUCUUCUUCGUCAUCCGCGACCACCUGGGCACAACGCCGCUGUCGAAUCUCCAAAACACACUCAUACAGGAUUUACAACGGAUAUGGUCAGGCUUGAGCAAGCCAUCAGGGCUGGAGAAAAGUAAGAUCGAGGACUACUUUGACUUUGCAUUCGUGGCGCUGCCGCACAAGAUCUUGCAGCCGGAGAGGUUUGAGCAAGAGGUGCAGAAGCUGGGCACGAGGUUCAGGGACGGCUACAAAGACCCAAAGAGAGCAGGGUUGGUGGAUGAGCAGGAAGAGCCGGUGUUACUGCCCCAGUAUCACCGGCGGAUACCUGCCGACGGCUUUCCGAUGUAUGCACGCGGAAUCUGGGAGCAGAUUGACAGCAACAAGGACCUCGACCUACCAACUCAGCAAGAAUUGCUUGCGCAAUUCAGAUGCGAUGAGAUUUCGAAGGAAGUCCUCGUGCCUUUCGACGAGGCUAUCUCACCGCUUGAAGAGCAGCAGAACCAAGCUGUAGCUGCCGGCAAGCCUUCUGUCAUCCCGGAGCUUGGCAAGCUGAUGACAACUGCCCGAUCGGUCUUGCUGGCAAGCUUCGAAGUAGAAGCGAGUAGAUAUCACAAAGGCGUCUACAAGCGGAAGCAAACCGAACUCGAAGGCAAGGUGGACGGCAGGCUCAAGACGCUCUUCCAAGGUCAGAUGACCGCCGCGCACAAAGCUGGGCUCAACGACUUCAGCGAAGCCGUCACGCAAGCUGUGAAGACUGGACAGAAGAAAGGCGGAAGCUACGACUUCCACAAGAUCGUCAGCACGGAGAAGGAGAAGGCUCUCUCACGUUUUCAAGCACAGGCGCAAGCCAGUAUCGUGGAGAAGACGCCGUGGAGCGACUACAAGCAGCAACUGAACCUCUAUCGGAAAGAAAUCGACGAAGUCUCCUCUCGCUUGCGGCAAGAAGAGAUGCGCCGGCUCGCCAACCGCAGCGAACGAUGGGUCCGUGCGAAGCUUGACGAGAGCGUCGGGCUAGAGUUCAACAAGCUGGGCUCCGGUCGCGGCGGCUCCGGCGCUCCUGAACAUGGCCAAAAGCCGCCGACGGAGAAGGACCUCUGGGAUCGUAUCUGGAAUGUCUUUACUGAAACCGUCUCGCACGCCGAAACCCGCUUCACCGACCGUGCUCGCAGCUUCGACGCUAGUCCCGACGAAGUCGAAGUGGGCUUGUGGCGACUUCGACGGAAGUCGUGGGCUGCUUUGCGUGCUAAGAUUGACGAAGAGAUGAUGGAGGGCAACCUCCUUCUCAAACUCCGCGAGAACUUUGAGGAUAAGUUCCGCUACGAUGAGGAAGGCGUUCCGCGUAUUUGGCGACCUACGGACGACAUUGAGGGGAUGUAUACGCGUGCGCGAGAAAGUACGCUCGAGCUCAUUCCGCUGCUGUCCCGCUUCAAGCUGUCCCGGACUAGCGCUCCGCCCCCGCUCGAUGCCUGGAUCGGCGAAGCUCCAAGCAACGUGACGCCUGCGGAUGAGGAGGACUUGCCGCCCAUCGGCGGCGUGGACGAUGAUGAAGCCAAGACGCUCGAGGACGAGAUGACCAUUCUUUCCGACGCCAAAGCAGCCGAUCUCUCAACCCGUUUCAAGAAGACGGCCGACGGUGUAUAUGUGGAAGCCAAACGCAGUGCCAUUGGCGGCGUGACGCAGAUCCCGCUGUACUUUUACGGAUUGCUGCUUGCACUGGGAUGGAACGAGAUUGUGGCUGUCUUGCGAAACCCGGUGUACUUCAUUUUGUUGAUCUUGCUGGGAGUGGCUGGUUACGUCACGUGGACGCUGAAUCUGUGGGGUCCGAUCUUCAGGAUGUCGAACGCGGCGAGUGCGCAAGGGCUUGAGAUCUUCAAGGAAAAGCUGAGAGAGUUUCUGGAGAGUUCGGAAACGGGCAGGCAGGCGAUUGGCAUGAGUCAGAAGCAUGGAGUUGGGGCGAGCAUUGGACUUGACACCAUGAACAGUAACGGUACCACGAAGGUCAAGGCUUCCGCGAAGGAUGACGAGGUGGACGAGAUAUGA